AUGGCGGCCACUUGUCUGAAGCCAUCUGAAUAUCGCGGAGAUAAAAACACUGCUGUGGCUGGGCGCCUGGUGAUUUUGACUCAGCAGGAAUUGCCUGCCAAACAGCCCAGUCAAGGACAUGGACAACCGAAAGGCAAAAAAGGCAAGUCGGGCAAGGGCGCCUCAUCUUCUGCGUCAAACAUUGUGCACAAGGUAGAGGCCCAUUUGGCAGCCACCAGCAGUCCUACAGAAGUUCUCUACAUCGAGGCAUGGGGUGAGAUUGGUGACAAGCUCUUGCAGCUCUGCCAGGUCGGCGACUUGGUUGCAAUCCAAGGUGGCACGGUGCAAGCUGCUCCGGCGACUUUUUCGACGUCCAGGCUGCAUUAUCAUCUUCGCCUCAAAGGCACGCUGGGCAUCACAGUGCUGGCCACCAAGUUGACAGAAGCUCCGUGGGCUGACGUCCCGGACCUCCAUCCUCUGGUUCCUCUCCGAGCACUGAGCCGAGUCAAAGAUCGACAGCAGAUUCGUGUGGCUGCGGUCAUCAUCGACAACCCAGGGGCCAUUGAACGUCAAACCAAAGAGAAGAUGGCCAUGGUAUGCAACGCCAUCAUUCAACAAGGCAAUACCAAAGUUCGAUGCGCUUUCUGGCAUGAGCAUGCGGAGGAACUUGCCGCCCAGGCAGUGAAUGAGGCGGUGCUUUUGUACCAGGUCCUCGUGACGAAGCGGAAGUCCGAAGAUUCGUGGGAGUUGAGCAGUUGGAGGGGUACCAGCAUCCAAGAGUGUCCGGCAGCCAUGGCAGAGUUGUUGAUGCUCGCUCGGACUUUUGCGCUUCUUUCCUUGUCACGCAUGAGGAAAAAAGAACUUGCAGACACCGGAGAUUGCCGCAUGCUCACCGAGAUUCCUGUCAGAGACUGGGAAAACUGUGAUGCAGUACCUUCGACGCUCAGCGCCUUGCUUGGCGUUGUGGUGCCGGGGCAACUGCGUAAAGUUGAGACAGUCUUCGUAGUCUCCGACUUGCAAAUUUUAGGCAUUUCGUCAGUGAAGAGCGAAACGGAUGAGUGGCUGAUCGCGUCUUGUGUGCGAUGCAAGCGGGCCAGCCCUUGUGCGCAACAUCCUGACGGAAGCACGGAAAAGCGCCUGGCCGUCAGAUUGACCUUGGCCGAUGGCAGCAGUCAAUGCUCCGUGAUGUUGUAUCACGAGUUACUGCUGAAGGCAGCAGUGCUGAUGGAAAUAACUUUGCCCGAGCCGCUGGCUGAUUCCAAAGAGCUGCGCGCAACUCUCAGAGACAUGUUCCGGAAUGCUCAGUGGAUUUGCCGCUUCACCUUCAAGGAGAACGACUUCCAGCAAUCCUUGGAAUUGGAGUGUCGCGACAUUCGUCCCUGCCUGCGGCUUCAGCCAACUGUCGUGCUGAUGACCCCACCGAGCGGCCAGUUGAGUCUGCCUCUUUGCCGCUUGAACAAUGGUUGCCCAGUGGCGCCGUUGAAAGCGGUGACAGUGGAUUCGCAUCUCGGACUGGUCUCCGUGGGCAAGGUGGAUGCAAACUUUUUGCGUGCUUUGGUGUGCUUCAACAACGUGAAGUUGCCAGAUGAUGAAGCAUUGCAGCAAGACAAUACAGCCACCUCGGCCAUGCGAGUGAAGCGAUCCUUUGACUGCCUUUUGUCGAAGACAGAUACAUCUCCUUUCCAAGUGAAACUUCGCAUGGCUGGUCCGGCUUCGGUUGUCAACUGGUUGCUCCAGGGCCGUACCGGAGAAAUCCAUCAAGUGGUCUUGGCCCAGACAGAGCACAUCGAAGAGUGGAGUGUUCUCUGGCAUGUCCCCGUGGAUGCAGCCGCCAAGGACACCGUCACGGCCUACUUUCACCGACUCGCCACGGCAGAGCUGACAGUAGAUGACCCCCUUACGUUUGAAUCCAAAUGGACGCCUGUCAAGAGGCUCCAUGUCGUCAGAGACAGCAUGCCGGAAGAGGCACGCCACUUGUGCCCAGAGAAAGCACCAGAAACCAGUGGUCAAAAUGGCAGCCAGUUGGCUGAGGCCAGAGUUCCCUUGAGCGACGGUUAUGCGAAGUUCGUGGGCAGCGACGCAGGUGUGAGCCAAUCGCAAGAGCAUGAGCAGGUCUUGGAGAUGCAACAGAAGCUCUGCCCUGAGAUUUUCGAAGACCACGCGGUUGGACAAUGUAAGCCCUGCACCUUCUUCUGGAAGCCCGAGGGCUGUCGCAAAUCGGAGGCAUGUCAUCAUUGCCACCUCUGUCCUCCCAGUGCCUUGAAGGAUCGAAAGCUGCAGAAAGUGAUGGCCAGGCGCCAGGAGAAAGCAGGAAAGACUGUGAAGAGCGAAGUGAAAGACAAGGGGAAUCUCAGCACAGCACCAAUGCCAGCAGGCCUCAUCUACCUUUAGGCGGUUCAGAUCGCCCGGAGCUCGUAUCAAGAUCUCUGCUCUGAGCGCGAUUCGAUUUUCGCCACGCGUCCGUCGAGUCUUUGGACGUCGACGAGUCGAGACGAUUAGACCAGAA